AUGUCUCCUCGUCACUUCACAAGCAUUGCUGAUAUCUCGAGCUCGGAAUUGUCGUAUCUCGUCAAUCGUGCCAUUCACCACAAGGCCAAUGUCCGCAAGGGCGUGUAUAAUCCCGCUACUCCUCUGGCUGGCCAGGUAGUUGCUAUGCUUUUUAACAAGCGUUCUACUCGUACCCGUAUUUCCACUGAAGGUGCUGUCAAGUAUUUGGGAGGACACCCAAUGUUCCUUGGUAAGGACGAUAUUCAAUUGGGAGUUAACGAGACUCUGUAUGAUUCUGCCAAGGUUAUCUCGUCCAUGACUUCGUGUAUUGUUGCCCGUGUUGGUCCUCAUUCGGAUAUUCAAGGUCUUGCUGCCGCUUCUCGUGUUCCAGUUAUCAAUGCCCUUUGUGACACCUACCACCCAUUGCAAGCUGUUGCUGAUAUGAUCACGAUUAAAGAGAGCUUUGGCGAAGUCAAUGGACUCAAGGUCGCCUGGGUUGGUGACGCUAACAAUGUUCUCCACGAUCUAGCACUUGCUUGUGUGAAAUUGGGCAUCAACAUCUCUGCUGCCACUCCCAAGGCCUACCCUGUCAGCCAAGAUAUCAUUGACUUAGUUUCUAAGGCCGGUGCUGAGACUGGUGCUACCCUCUCUACCACCACCGAUCCCCUGGAGGCUGUCAAAAACGCUGAUGUCAUUGUUACCGAUACCUGGAUUUCCAUGGGUCAAGAGGAAGAGAAGCAGCUCCGUCUCAAACAGUUCGCCGGCUACCAGGUCACCCAGGAAAUGGCUGCCCAAGGUGGUGCCAAAGAGAACUGGAAGUUCAUGCAUUGUCUCCCCCGUAAGCAAGAAGAGGUCAACGACGAGAUCUUCUACUCCGACCGCUCUCUCGUCUUCGAGGAGGCCGAAAACAGACUCUACUCCGCCAUUGCAUGUCUCGAGGGAUUCGUCGUCAACAAGGGUAAGCUCAUCCAGUAA